ACUUCAGGAAUCCCAGGAAUCCAUUUAUGGUGGAUUUGUUGGCCACAGGGAAUUGGGAAAGGAGCAGGUCUUCCUUUGCAAGAACCACAAGAUACCCAGAUCCAGUUGUGCAUGGCCAAUGGCCGUGGCCCCAAAAGAUGCUCAUCUACAGCUCCCACGAGGCUGCUGGUCUCAGCAAAAAGCUCGAGUCAAGCUUCCUAAAUGCAAACUUCUUUGAGUUAGGUAGAAUGAAGCAGCCAGAUUCCACCAAGGAAGGGGUACAGAAGUGAGAGUUGUAGAGGAGUUGCCCUUUAAGCACUGUGAGCCCAGCACACGAGUUCACAGUUUCAGCAGAGAAAUGCAGCCUGCCAGAACUGAUCAACAGUGACCAGAGCAUUUGUUGGAGCCUUCCAUGCCCAGAAGUGCCUUUGGGCCAUGACUGAUGCCUGCUGGAGGAAAGCCCCCUUUUCUCUAAGUGCUCAACAUACUGCUGGGAUGAGACAGCUGAUUUCCCAAUUCAGGACAGUGACACCCCAACUCCCAUGUGAUCCUUGUUCCCCCCAGUCUUUCCAUAUAGUACUGACUCAUUCCAUAUGGAGCUGACUCAUUUCUCUCAGCAGCAUGUCAUCGCACCAAGCCUCUGCACUUCAGCAAGAUCCAAGGCAGUCUGACAGCAGGGUUGCUCCUGGGCUCCACAUACCAGCUUUGUCCACUCACAACAGGAAUUUACAGCAUCUGUUGACUCAAAUUGCCUUAUGAAGCCCAUUUUUUGAGUCCUGGCUGCCUGGUGUCUUCCUGUGGGUGUCCCAGCAGCUGCCUCCAGUAUCCACAGUGGCAGUAACAGGGCAUCAGAACAUGGGGAGCCUACAGACAGGACAGGGACACAUCUCGUCAUCCAGGUAUGUAAUACCUGCUUCAGUCUUUUUGUCCCAAUAGCUUUGAACUGCCUAUCCACUGGCAAACGUCUGGUAAAUGGAUUAGCCGGGCACAAUUCCCACUCUGGGGUUACUGCUGCUGCUGCCAGGCUAGGACAGAUGGGCUCUCCUGGCUGGUCUCGUCCUUGGGACAGGACUGAAAGCUGCAGUGGGAUAAUCCUUCUCCCCGCCAGGUUUUCUGCUCUCUGGAGAGUCAUUCCACAUCAGACGCCUGAGAAAUAGUACUUCUUCCCAAACAUUUGUUUCCAUUAGGCAUUUAAAUAGCUCCCUGGGACUUUUCAUCCUGCCUGCAGUAGCCAAAUUCUUAACCUUGGAGAUUUCCUCUGUCACUAAGGCAUCUGUGUGAAACAAUGUUUUCUCUGAUCAGUUCUGUAUUUGUCACCCAUAGAUUUGCUGAGUCUCCUACUUGGAUUUUCAUCUCUUAUUAAGAAGCAGGCAGGCAAAAGCUCCUGCUCCAGCUCCUCUGUUCCAUUAAGCACCUUUAUUAUUGAGCUAACUAACAAUUUCCAGAGCAGCUGGGAGUCCUUUCUUCCUUUCUCUCUCUUCUAAGAAGCCACCAAACCUGCUCUUAAACACAGCUAAAGAGUUCAGCCUACUCUGAAUGACUUCUUUUUUAUAGAGUAAUAUAAUGUUUUUCUCUAAUGAUAUUAGAGGAGGAGGAGUUGCUUAUAACUGGUAUCAGAUCUUUCAUAGAAUCAUGGAAUCACUGAGGUUGGAAAAGACCUCAGAUCUCCAAGACCAACCCCAACCCACCCCACCAUGCCCACUAGCUAUGUCCUUCAGUGCCACAUCUCCACAUUUCUUGAACACCUCCAGGGACAGCGACCCCACCACCUCCCUGGGCAGCUGUGCCACUGCAUCAGCACUCUUUCAGAAAAUAAAUGUUUCCUAAUAUUGAACCUGAACCUCCUCUCAUGCAACUUAAAGCCACCGCCUCUCGUCCUGUUGCUAUGACUGGGGAGCAGAGGCUGACCCCCACCUGGCCACAACCGCCUUUCAGGGAGUUGUAGACAGCGAUUUCAACAAAUGCUAUGAACUGUCCUGGCCUGCAUGGUUGCAGGGAAGACCCCAGUGCCAGCAACUCAGAUAUCAGAGAGGCAAAGAGCGAGAUCAGAGAGGGAUGUUACAAAUUCCCCAAAUUAGUGCAUUUUUGUAUUUCCUUACUAACACCUUGGUGCUUAUUCUUUGCACAGAUUGCAUGACAACGCCUAUUAUGAAGACUCCCUGUUCCCAAAGUUGCAGAGGAUCAUGACAGAGCAAUGGUCCAUAUACUCCAAACCAGUCCCAGCAGACAGCCGGGAGCUGUGGUCCCUAUUUCUGCAGUGCUCCUGCAUCACCGUGCUGCUUGGAGGCCUCUUCUACAACUGGCUCUUUGCAUCCCUGGAGUACCCCCAGCACAUCUCCAUCGCAAUGGCCAUCACCUUCAGCCUGCUCCUCCUCCUUGCCCUGUUCUUGCUGCACCCUGUGCGCUGUGCCUUCAGCAUCACCAUGCCGACACUGGGCACCAAGCAGGGCCGGAAGCUCCUCUUGUCAGCCUGCAUCAUGAUAGCAGUGGUUAACAUCACCCCCAACAUCAUCAGCAACAUCAAGACCUUACUGCAGGUCAUCCUGUGCAUCUCCAAGAAUUCCUCUGAGAGCCUUUUGAACUCCACUGAUCUGCUGGAGAACGCUUCCUGGAAGCUGGGGGAUGAAAUAAAAAAUUACGCUAUUUUGAAGCCCAUGGAUGGACAUUUUCAGUUUUCACUGGUGAAGAACAACUCCUGGAUUAACCAGGUGCACCUCGCUGGUGAGAAAGCCAGGAAGGAUUUUUUGGCUGUCGAGGUGCUGGUCAAAGAUUGUGUGCGAGCAGGCAACAAACUGGUCGCUGCCUUCUCCGUGCUCUACCUCUGCUUUGAGUCCAUCUGGUACUUGAAGAAUUACCUCACCAACCUCCGCUUCGACAACAUUUACAUCACCAAGAAGCUGCAGCGUUUGGCUGAGGAUGGAGGAGCCUCCCACUUGCUGGUGGGCUCAGCCCAACGCCUCAUCCGCCCCACGGGCCUCAGGCUGUCCCGUGAGGAGCUGAUGCUGUGCCUGGCGCAGGCGCUGCGCCUCUCGGUGGCCCUGCUGCUGGUGCUGGUGGUGGUGGCCUUGGAGCACCUCGUCUUUGGCGUAGCGGACGUGGCAGUGAGGAGGAUGGCUCAGCUGUCCGCAGUGCCCAUCACGCUCAGCAUCAAAUACCAGGCUGAAAUAGACUUCCUGAAAAUCUCACUUCCCGUGAAGGACGUUGAUAGGAGCUACCACCACUCCCUGACCUUCAGCUCUGCUGGCUGCAGGAUCAGCCCCCCGAUACCUCCCAACCCCUCCGUGCUGCUGGUUGUGGGGCUGCUCUUCUGCAUUAUCUACGCCACCGUGUUUCUGGAGACCUACGCACGCCGCCUGUGCAGGAAAAUUUCUGCUUCCUUCUUUGAGAGCCGGGAGGACGAGCGGGCACGUUACCUCUAUGGCAAGCUGUCCCGGCAGCACAGGAAGCAACACAGCUGAGAAAUGAAGGACAAUUUUGGACAUGCAGGGAAUGACAAAGAGCUUGUGGCAAUAACUGGAUAUGCAAAGGGAUCGCAGAAUUCACUCUCUAGAGUCAGAGAAGUGGUUGGAGCCUGGGAGCAAUAUUUGCCAAUUUAAGAGAGAAAAAGGCCAGAAGUGAUAUUUUGAUUAAUCUGAGAAAAAAUGAGCUACAUUCACUUUCUUUUCUUAAUUCAAUCUAGAACUCAUCCAGGAAUGUUGGAAAAAGGAACCCAAGAUAAUUCCUAUGACUGUGAGGGUGUUGGCAGCAUUAUGCAAGGCUAAGUGUGCGUGGGAGAUGGGUGGAGGAAGUGCUCCUUCACCUUCCCAUGUCACUGCUGGAGGAAGUGCACCCUUCAUCGAUUCAUACCAUCUUUAGGUUGGAAAGAGCUAUGAGAUCAUCUCACCCAACUGCUUCCUUUCUCCCUGAAGUGAUCCCUACAGGAAGCAAGCAAAAAACCCC